AUGGAUGUUUGCGGCAAAAGUUGCAUUCUGCAUAACCUUUUCUUUGGCGUGACUGUCCCGCUUCUUGGCCUAGACUCGGUCAUCGGAGACUUCCCUGAUGGGUUCAAGGUUCGCAAGUUGCUCAUGCGGUCGUCGUCUCCAGACGACCUUGUUGUCCUUGUCACCACUGACAAGUGCGACAAUUACCAGAUCAUCCUAUGCCGCCCUGGGAAGCCGGGAGCGUGGGCAACCAAGCCGCAUGCCAUGCCAUAUGCACACAUCAGUGACGUUGCGUUUCUUGGAGACAAUCUUUAUGGACUCACUUCUGCCAAGGGCCCAGUGCACUUGGGUCUUGGUGAGGAUUCUGACAUCGGCCUUGUGCACUUAGGUCCUGGCGAGGAUUCUGACAACAAGCCAAUUGUUACCAACUUUGAGCACAUUAUCAAGUACCAGCAUAGCGAUGACGACGAUGAGGUGUACGUCAACGGGGACGACCGUGACGACGAGGUGUCCAUCAACGGGGACGGCGAUGACGAUGAGGUGUCAAUUAACGAGGGUGGCAGUGAUGAGCCUGAAGAUCCGGACGGCACAGUUGAGGCUGAGGACAUGAUCGUAAAAAGCCGGUACCUCGUCGAGUCGGACGGCAAGCUACUGAUGGUGAAACGGUGUCAACUGUCGUCGCCGUACCUUGGCACACACAACCUCGAGGUUGACGUCAUGGAAGCGGACAUGGAUGCCGGGCUGUGGGUCCCGGCGACCGCUGCCGAUGCCCGGGCGAUAUUCAUCAGCAAGCAGUCCUCCAAGUCUGCCCCCGCGCACGAAAAAGCCCAGACCAGAGGGUUCAAAUGUUACUUUGACAACGAGCACGACAAGUUCACUCCCUGCGACGGGACCCACGCUAGCCUUCAAGCCUUAUUCAACAAGAAAUCAACGUGGGUUUUCCCUCCAGAGGUAGUUAUCUAG